AUGAAAAGAAUGAACCACGAGGAUGUUGUUAUGAUAAAUGAUGCGCAAACUUCAUUCUUACCUAAUCAUCCUUCCUAUGAAUGCGGUUGGCCUCAUCCACUAGCUCCCGUUGCUGAGCAGACAAGCAUCGAUGAACCUUGUUUUCAGUUUGGUCCAGUCUGUAUCCACGACUAUCUCCAUUAUUCUGAUUUAUCGAUAUGCCAGCUCGACAUCCAGUGUCAAAUCAACCACGGGUUCUUUAAGAUAGAUGAUCACUGGGCGUGCUAUCGUCGCAACUACUUUCACAUCAGUGCUACACUGGAAACCGAUCGUGGUCAUCAACUGCCAUUUUAUCAUAAUGGAUAUCUUGUUUCCGAUCUAUUUCUCAGUCUUCGUGCGGAAGAUGUAGAUGACGGGUCACCGGUAGCGAUACUGCAGUUUACAAGCAAGCGAGACAAGGGUGCUCAAACGCCGGUGGCUAUCCAAUCCGUGAUGCACGGCAACACCAUUCAUUACAGUCGACUUCAGUUUUCAAUGGCGACGGCCAAGAACAGAAAGCGACGCAAUAAGAAGCAGUAUUUCCGUUUGAUCGUGGAACUGUUUGCUCACCACAGCGAUCGCAACUACAAGAUCGCCACCUGCUGUUCCAUGCCCAUCAUUGUCCGAGGUCGAAAUCCCAGCCAUUACUGCAAAAAGGAAUCGAUCCCUGAACCGUCACAUGGCUCUGAAAGUACCGCUGCUUCCUCAUGGAAAGGCAAAGCCGUGUACACGGGAACGCAGCCUUGUGAACCUUUAUUCGACGAAUCCGGCUCCAGUUACGACUCUUUUAUCACGACCAACGGUAUGGGUUCUCCCAAUACCAGUUAUUCCACUCAUUCCAGUGAUAAAUCAAGACCCAGUACGCCCGUAUUGCAUUUUAUCCAUUCAAAUGCCGAUGACUAUUCCUAA